UUCUGGCAUGUUGAAGAAACGUUCACACUUCCUUUUCAUAUGGUCCGAAUGGACUCGAGUAGACAGGCGAGAGCAUAACAUCACCGCAAAAGGUCUUCAAGACAGUAAACGGGUCGCAAACGCGACACAAAAUCACUUUUAUAGUGUGAUUUGACUACAACGGUGCCCAUUUUUCCAACUAGCGAGGAAACUGCUGUUCAGAGACGGAAACAACAGCGAACAAGACCUGACGUCUCCAUCUCCUUUCCAAGAACACCAGAUGGUAUCAUAUCCACAAGUCUGAAGACAGCUAGACGUCUUCUGCGGAGCAUUAGAAUGGGGAACAGCAACAGUGACAGAGCCAGCGGGGGUCAGGGUGAAAGGUCAUACAGAGAUGUAUCGCAAGGAGGGAAAGAGGCGCGUCCCAACAUCUUGAUGGACAGCACGGAGGAUGCAGACAUUUUUCAAAGGGAAGAUUCAAAGGCUCCCCAGGAAGAGCAAGAGUUUCUGGCCUGGCAGCAGGAUCUGGAGAGCGACAGGAAAAGUCCAACCCCGGCGAGACCAACCGUGUUCCGCUGGGCUGGAAGCGCAAAAGAAGUCUUUGUGUCAGGCUCUUUUAACAACUGGACUACCAAGAUCCCUCUCAAUAAAAGUCAGAACAGUUUUGUAGCAAUCAUGCACCUGCCGGAGGGAGAACACCAGUACAAGUUCUGUGUAGAUGGGCAGUGGACUUUGGAUCCGACCGGGGCUGUGAUCACGACCAAAACUGGGACCGUUAAUAACGUUAUCCAGGUGAAAAGGACCGACUUUGAGGUCUUUGAUGCCCUCAGGCUUGAUUCCCAAGAUUCUGCUGACAUCUCAGACUUGUCCAGUUCCCCCCCAGGCCCCUACCAGCAGGACGCAUACGUCAUCAAGUCGGAAGACAAACUCAAACAUCCUCCUAUCUUGCCUCCACACCUGCUGCAAGUACUUCUCAACAAGGACACAGGGAUCUCAUGUGAUCCGACACUACUUCCUGAGCCCAACCAUGUGAUGUUAAAUCACCUGUACGCCCUCUCCAUCAAGGAUGGAGUCAUGGUUCUGAGUGCGACACACCGGUACAAAAAAAAGUAUGUGACCACUCUCCUCUACAAGCCAAUAUAGAGCCUUCAGUCUUAUGCUGCUGGAAGAUGCUAUUCAUGCCCUUCCGAUGUGGACACUUACCAUUCUAGUAUCAUCUCAGUCUUAAUUACAACUUGCUGUUGCUAUAGAUGCUUGUUGAGAACAUGUGCUUAAGCCAGGGAUGUCCAAACUUUUUUUCCAGUGUGGGCGGAAUACAGAAAAAUGUAAGUAUGCGGGUCUGCUUUGAUACAUUUUGUACAUUAAAGACCCUAAACUCAAUAUGAGCUAAGCUAUCUGACAAAACAUCCACAUCUUAGCUUUGUGUUAUAGGUGACAAAGCAAAUGUGUGGAAUAUCGAAUAAUACGUCUAAUUCAUAAUGAAUUUAUUUUAUUUUUACAAUAUGCAGAGUGCCAUUAAAAAAAUGCACUUUGGACACUACUUGUUUAAGCCCAAAGUGACCAACACAUUAUGCUGAUAUUACCUUCAUAUGUUCUUUAGGUGUUCCAGUCAUUGUACUUUUGUUUCUUCUCAGUGAGCCCAAAUUAAAUCCAUGCAGUAGGUUGCUGUCUUCAACCAAAGCUGCCUUUCUUUUCCAAGUUGAAAACAGAUAUCAGGAGACCAAUAAUUAAAUCUAUCUAUCUCGUUCCAUUUCUAAAUGCUUCUUUUACUUUAUACGGUGUUGCCAAAAGAUGAACAAAUGUGCAUCUUGAUAUAAAAUGUGGUGAAUCAAAGAUUCUCAGGUGUUUUUUUUGUUGUCUUUUUUCCCCCCAUUAUUUAUUCAAUGAUUGUGCAGCUUAGUUGACACAGUGGACUUUGGGAUCCAGGUUCUUGUUGUCAGGGUUGAAUUUGGCCCGAGCGAAGCAGUGAGCUGCCAGUCGGUCACAUUCGCACACAGCAGCCUGGCACUUAUUAUUGGUGGCUGUGGAGACACAUGAAAUGUCAAAUUACCGUACUCUUAACAAAUCUACACAACCCAAGUAAAGAGCUAUUCUAUCUUUUACACAAAUGAUUAAGAUUGUUAUGGUUGUACUACACUAUAGUGGAUGCAGUACUACAAUGGAUCUGUAACAUUGUUGGUUUCAUUCCUUUGAGCUUAUAAUACGCACAUGUGAGUUGGGGGGGGGGGUACAUUCAUGAUGUUUCCUGUACUCCAUGUACGUGUGCGCUGAUUUUGAUGAACAGCUGCGCUAUAAUGAGCAGGUCAACUGUGGUAUGAUGGCAGACAGUGUGGCUGUGCGAUAGUAGUAUUGUUGAUACAGCUCUGUAAUAUAUCGUGUAGGUGUACCUAAUGAAGUGUCCCUUACAGUCUGGGCCACAAAUAUUUGGUAUAUAUUUAAUUAUUUUGGUAUAUAUUUAUAGUAAUAAUGAUAAUGUAUGUAUGUCCACACACUCACCUGAGCAGGUAACUUGUUUAUCUGAGCAGGUGUAAUCAUAAACCAGGACAUACGGCAGAUUAGCAAUGCUAUCGCAUUCUGGAAUCUUCCUGCUUCUUUCGUAGCAUUUGUCAUGAACAUAGCAGCACCUAAAACAAGAGGCGGGUUUUUGUCUUUGAAUAUAAAUGGUUUUCCAUCAUCGUCAAGACUUGGAAGUGUCCCCUCCUCACAUGUCCAGGUCGUCCAGUGGGCUUCCUGUGCCCCCGAAGCCACACCAACAGCCGUAAUCGUUGUACUUUAUAGGGUUAACUCCUGGUUGAGCACAGCUGAUCAUCUUCCCAAACUGCCAUAAGGCCUUGGGCAUUACUGCACCGUUGACCACGCAAGCUGCUAAAUGGAACAGAUACAUUUUUAAAAAGUCAAAUAUGUGCUCGUUUUUUUUGAAAGUGUGUUUUAAGAUGUCUCACCUAUGACAAGCAGCAGCAGAGGAGCUGUCAAGUUCAUGGUUACCUGCUCAGAAACAGACAGCCUGGUCACCGCUUGUUCUUAUAGGCCAGGAGGAAGGACAGAUAAGGAGAAUCAUUGCGGGGCGUGGAAUCCUUUUCCAUUUGGGGAAUUUUACAGAACUAUUUGAACAUUCAGACAUGGGAACAUUUAGAAAUGAAAACAUUUUUUUUUUAAACUUGUGUUUCAAUGACUACAAGCCAUUGUUUAGAAGAGUUUUCCUCUUCAUUAGUUGUAAUGAGUUAGUAUAUUAUACUAUUUAUAUGUAUAUACAGUAUCUGCGUGUAUACAGUAUAUUCAAAUGUCACAGCAGUUCAGUCAUUAUUCAUAAAUCAUACUAAGAUAAUCAUCUUGUCCAGUGUCAGCUGGGAUAGACUCCAGUUCACCUUUGGCUCUGAAUACAUUCAAGUAUAAGUGGUCAAAUAGGUAAAUGAACUACUGAAUAACUAAGAGGUAAUUGUUACAUUUCACUGUUUUUUUUUUUCAUUCAAUAAAAAUAAGUAACCAAGAUGUAACACAGCGAUCUUUGUCUUGAGACUUUUCCAUUUCUUAAUGCAGUGCUCUUUUUAAUCACUAUGUAGUCUAUUUUACUUCUGCAUUUAUUCUUGCGUGACACAGCUGUGUAAAUAGAAAACACUUGCGAAAAUUCCCAGAACCUUCUGCUGCACAUUUCUGAUAAUAUCCAACCUCACACUGCACACAAGAGAAAAUUCAUACAAUUUACAUAGAUUAAUGUCAUUAUUAUUUACAGUAAUGUGUGUGUUCAUGACCAGCAUACCCGCAACCCUAGUGAGGAUAAGCGGCAUAGGGUCACGGGGGUAUGCUGGAGCCUAUCCCAGCUGAUUUCGGGUGAGAGGUGGGGUACACCGUGGACUGGUAGUCAGCCAAUCGCAGGACACAUAUAAACAACCAUUGACACUCACAUUCCUAAUAAAUUCAUCUAAAUGCUCCAACUGUAUAAGUGCCCAAUUAUUCAAUAAACACCAUAACUAUACGGCCGAGAUUACAAAGCCUGCUCUGUUGCACGAAAACAAAAUGGAAAAGUACCAUAUAAAAGAAGGGAAAAGUCUGAGUGAUCGUGUUCUUGACGCAUACCUGUAUCCGCCAGGGGCGGAUAAACUUUCAUUGCUUUUCGAUCGUCUUGUUUUCAACUAUUUAAUGUCUUUGUGCAUCACAGCAUGUGCGCUCACACAAUUGGAGCAAAUAACUUCAACGGCAUGCGCCGUUAUUCGCUUUAAAAUCCAAAAUAUUGCACGAACAUACUGAACGUGUGUGUGGCCGUAGAAUAUGCUUGCCCCCCGUCUGCUCACCGGAAGUGACGCAAACUGCCUCUACGUCAUGUGGUUGAAACCCAGCAAUUUCAAAACUAACUAAAUUCAGGUUCAAGUCAAGUUGAACUGCCCAUAAGUCACUGACCAUUUGUCUAAUGAUUACAAGUAUAAAGCUUUUGAGAAUGUCUGUAUUACAUGUAUGCAUUUUUAACACAACCCAUAGGGGGUGCCACCCAUUUGACAUGACUGUAUAUUUAUUAAGUAUGGCGGCACACCUCUUAAUUGGCUAAUUAAUUAAUUAGAGGCAUUGCAGCCCUCCUUACUAACGUCUGAAUCAGCAUACCAAUUUGGUCUAAAAAAACAUGCUUGGACGAGUAUGGUGUGGAAAAAGCCCAAGAGCCCCGACCUUGACCAAAUAUAACACAUUUGGGAUGAAUUACAAGAGAGAUGGUGAGCCAGGGUCCAACGUUAGUAAGCUCUGAUGUGAUAAAUGUUCCUCCGAAUGACAUCUUGUAGAAAAAUAAGCUGUGAAAGUUGCAAAGAAACAGUUUUGUGUUGCAUGCAUUACACCACACUGAGAGGCAGAACCACAUGCAUGAAAGUAACACUCCAACUUGCAUCUGCUUUUAUUUUCGAGUGUUGAGUUUGAAGGUUUUGUUUGCUUAUGUAGAGAAAAUGCAGACUACGACAUCAUCUUUUCUCUUGUUGCUGCCUGUGUGGCCUACUUAGAGAGUCACAGUUUAUCUGAGACAAUAAAAAUAGUGAAAAUGAUGAGAGGAGGCUGUCAUGUCUUAAUUUCACAAAUAUAGUUGUAUGACAGAUUGCAGUCAGCGUCAUUCCACCGCCUCUGUACGCGCACAUCAGUAGCAUGGAGCUGCCCACAGUCCUCUCCAUUUCUUCUGAAGGCCCAGUUGUCAGGUUGAUCUACAUCCCAGAACCUCAGAACACACAGAAAAAGAUCAUUAGAUCAUCAUUAAACAUGCUAUGCUCUUAAUGAGCGGACUCUUACUUUGGGGUUACGUUGUAAUCAGUGCCAUCCACCCAACUCCACUCCCCCUCGUGUGUUCGCUCCACCAAUCCAAUC